AUGGCGCCCUCCCUCCUCGCCGCCGUGUCUGCCUCGCCCUUCCUCCUAGCCGGCAGCGGCAGCAGCCGCAGGCCGCUAGGCCCUGCCCCCACCCGCCGGGCCGGACUGCGCGUGGCCGCGCUUAAGUACGACCCUGCCAAGGUGGCGCCGCAGAACGACCGGUUGCUCGUCCGUCUCCAGCAGAUCCCUGAGAAAUCUGCUGGUGGUAUAUUGCUACCGAAAUCUGCUGUUAAGUUUGAGAGAUAUUUGAUGGGUGAGAUUCUAUCGGUCGGUGCUGAUGUUAGUGAAGUUGAGGCUGGAAAAAAGGUUCUCUUCUCAGACAUCAAUGCUUAUGAGGUGGACCUUGGUACCGAUGAGAAGCACUGCUUCUGCCGUGAGUCAGAUUUGUUAGCUGUAGUUGAAUGA